UAUUUAUAAGUCUCCAAAUAUCGAUACAAAGUUAGUAUAAGAGUGCUAGUGAUCGACAACGCUUUAUUUAUUUGUGUCCGGUCAUAAGGAAGAAAUUUAGUUUUCGAUGAAAAUUUCGUGAUUCGAAGUUUUAAUCGCAAAUAAAUUCGCAAACAUGUUUCUCAUCACCUUUAUGCUCAUCGUCGCGAUCUCUUUGAUGAUCGACGCGAAAUUGCACAGGAUAUCAUUACACAAGGUGAAUUCUAUUCGACACACUUCGAAGAAUGUUGCCAAUGACUAUUUCAAAUAUUCUACAGACGAAGAUGACCUUUAUCCUUCGGUGCCUUUAUGGCAUAAAUAUGAAGAUAUUCAGUUUUAUGGUAAUAUUACUAUCGGAACUCCGCCGCAGGAAUUUAAAGUAGUGUUUGAUACUGGUUCCGCAAAUCUUUGGGUACCAUCCAAAAAAUGCGACAUUUUUUAUAGCGUGACUUGCGUAAAGAAUGACAAAUAUGAUAGUACAAAAUCCAGUACGUAUAUACAAAAUGGUACUGAGAUUAAGAUUCCAUAUGGCAGUGACUUUAUUAGGGGAAAUAUAUCUACUGAUGUAGUGAGUAUUGCCGGUCUCAAUGUUCAAAAUCAAACAUUUAUUGAAGCAACAUACGUACCAGGCUAUGAAUUUCUUACUGCACGUUUUGAUGGUAUUUUGGGCAUGAGUUAUUACAAUAUAUCUGUCAGCGGAAUAACGCCUGUGUUCGACAAUCUAGUGAAACAACACCACGAGUUAUCACCUAUUUUCAGCUUUUAUUUGAAUACAGAGGUUUGGGACAAUGCCGGUGCUUUAAUAUUGGGUGGUGCCGAUCCCGAUCUUUACGAAGGCAAUUUGACGUAUGUUUCUGUUACUAAAAAAGGAUACUGGCAAUUUACUAUGGAGGAGAUCACAAUAUAUGAUAAUUAUAAUAAUAAUAAUUAUAAUUAUAUCUUGUGCGCGCGUGGCUGUCAAGCUAUCGCUGAUACAGGCAUCUCAUCAAUAUUAGGACCACGUUCGAACAUCUCUAUUAUUAAUGACCUUAUUGGAACUUAUUACGUUAAUGGAGAGUAUUUACUAAACUGCAACAAGAAACACAGUCGUGAAAUGCCAGUAAUCAGUUUUUCUAUAGGUAAUCAAACGUUCGAUCUUACCAGUAAGGAUUACAUCCAACCGAUACCAGCACUAGGUCACACGUUGUGUAAAACUAGUUUUGUAGAGAAAGACACUGUUGAUAAUUUGUGGAUUCUAGGAAAUGCAUUUUUUAGCCGUUAUUAUAGCGUGUAUGAUUUUGAGAAAAACCGAGUGGGAUUUGCCCCAGCGAAACAAAUGUCGAUUGCUAGUUCUUAAAAUUAUAUAACAAGACAUCGCAUUAAAUGAUAACUUCGCGAAUAAUUUAGUAACCUUUUAUGGUUUUUUAAUGUUUAUUGACUUGUAAUUUUUAUCUAUAAUAACUUGAUACAGUGUUAUAAACGGAUUUAUUCGUUUUGAAGAAUUAAAAUGAGCAUAUAUAUGAAAAAUAAUUUCCAUUCAUUUGAUAUAUUUUCUUUUUAGAUACGCAUUGUAUUCUAUUUCUGAACACAAAUGAAUUAAAAUAAAUUUUUUUUCCAUAUACUUUAUA